UGUCACCUUAUCAACAAGUCUCAAAAAAGGCAGGUCGUGUGUUGGCAAAUUUGUUAUUUUAAUUUGCUUCUCGUGUUUUCUUUAAACUUUGCACCAUUUUUUAACCCAAAAUGUCACGAAUCUUGGUUGGAGUAAAGCGAGUCGUUGACUAUGCUGUCAAGAUAAGAGUGAAGCCUGAUAAGAGCGGCGUAGUUACGGAAGGCGUGAAACACUCGAUGAACCCCUUUGACGAGAUCGCCGUCGAGGAAGCCGUCAAAAUGAAGGAAAACAAGUUGGCGAAAGAAGUGAUCGCUCUCACAAUUGGACCCGCUCAAUCUGUCGAAACACUCCGUACGGCGCUUGCGAUGGGCGCCGAUCGCGGAAUUCACGUCGAAAUCAGCGGAAAGGAAUGGGAAUUGUUGCAACCGUUGCACGUCUCGAAGAUUUUCGCCAAAGUUGCGGAAAAGGAAAAAGUCGAUUUUGUCGUUGUAGGCAAACAAGCGAUCGAUGACGACUCAAAUCAAACAGCACAAAUGACAGCGGCGUUGUUGGAUUGGCCACAAGCGACGUUCGCAUCGAAAAUCGAGAAGAAAGGAGACAAAAUUGAAGUCACACGUGAGAUUGAUGGAGGCUUGGAGACUGUUACGUGCAAAAUUCCCGCUGUCAUUAGUGCGGAUUUGCGUUUGAACACGCCGAGAUAUGCCACAUUGCCUAAUAUUAUGAAAGCCAAAAAGAAGCCCGUCGAAAAGCUCGCAGCAAAAGACUUGGGCGUUGAUACCGCAGCAAGAAUCGAAGUAGUUUCCGUCGAAGACCCCCCAACACGUCAAGCUGGCUCUGUUUUGCCCGAUGUCGAUACUUUAGUUGCCAAACUCAAAGAGAGCGGCUUCGUCAAGUAACUCGGUGCAUUUUCCAAAAAACAAAAAAAAUCACACAAAUUUAGUGUCAACAAUAAACUUUUUUGCAAUUUUUAUUAUAUCACCUA